UAGCUAGUGACAAUGUGCUUAAGAUGUACCGGUUUAUUGAAAUGCAUUCAAAUAAUAUACUGAAAAUACAAACUUUAACUAAAUAAAAAUUAAGUUUUUCUAUUAAUUUAAUAUUGAUAAUUUCGUUUAAAAAUUUCAAAUAUAUAUUUUAUUUAUAUAAUUAUAAUGAUCAUAAAGAAUGUUAGUAAAUUAGUUGAAUUCUACAGUGUUUUUCCUCGUUUCUAAUGAUAUAAAUGUACAAAGUAAAUUGUUGAAAAAAAUAAAUGAUUUUAACAAUGAUGUUUUAUAUAUAUAUUAAAUUAUAAAAAUUUAAUUUUAUGAUUUUUUCACAUUUGGCUAAUUUUAUAAAAAAGUUUAUUAAUCAUAUUUCCUAACCUUUAUUUAUAUUGAUAAUUGCAUAUAAUAAUUUAUAUAUUGAAGUUUAUUUUAUUUUGUAUUUUGUAAAUAAAUAAAUAAUUAAAGAUGUUUGAAGCACACAGUAUUAACGCUGAACAUAAAGAUUUGAUUCAUGAUAUUGCUUACGACUUUUAUGGACAACGAAUGGCAACAUGUUCUAGUGAUCAAUUUGUAAAAGUCUGGGAUGAAGAUGAACAUGGAAAUUGGCAUUUAACUGCAUCUUGGAAAGCACACAGUGGAUCUGUAUUUAAAGUAACAUGGGCACAUCCAGAAUUUGGUCAAGUUUUAGCAACAUGUUCUUUUGAUAGAACAGCAGCUGUGUGGGAAGAGAUAGUUGGAGAAGGAUCAGGACCAGGAGAACGUGGUAUGAGACAUUGGGUUCGAAGAACAAAUUUAGUAGAUUCUAGAAAGACUGUUACAGAUGUAAAAUUUGCACCUAAAACUUUAGGACUUUUGUUAGCUACUUGUAGUGAAGAUGGAGUAAUUAGAAUAUAUGAAGCUCCUGAUGUUAUGAAUUUAAGUCAAUGGACUUUACAACAUGACAUUAGUUGUAAACUUCAAUGUAGUUGCUUAUCAUGGAAUCCAUCUCUUUCAAGAUUACAUCCUCCAAUGAUAGCAGUUGGAAGUGAUGAUCCAAAUCCAUCAUCUGAAGGAAAAGUUUUUAUAUACGAAUAUUCUGAAAGUAGUAGAAGGUGGACAAAAACACAAACAUUAUCCAUUAUUGACCCUGUUCAUGAUAUUGCAUUUGCUCCAAAUUUAGGUAGAAGUUUUCACACAUUAGCUAUUGCAUCAAAUGAUGUACAAAUAAUUACAUUAAAACCUAUACUGGAUAGUGCACAAAGUGGUUCAUCACGUUUUGAAAUUAACAUAGCAGCACAAUUUUCUGAUCAUAAUCCUACUGUAUGGCGAGUGUGUUGGAAUAUUAUGGGAACUAUUUUAGCAAGUUCAGGAGAUGAUGGUUGUGUUCGAUUAUGGAAAGAUAAUUAUAUUAACAAUUGGAAAUGUGUUGCUGUUUUGAAAGGUGAUGGCACCUCUGCUCAAAGUGCUGAAACUUCUAUAGCAGCAACACCGCCUAAUCAUUCAACAGGAAUACAACAAACAUCUUCUACAACAAGAGCAAUAACUAUAGCAACUGUCACUGCAGAGAAGCCUACAGUUACAGUCAUGUGCAGCAAUAAAUGGCAGCCACCUGUUAUAAAGGGUCGUUUUAGUAAAUCAGUGUGGUUGGGAAAUCCUAGUGAACCAACUCCACCUCCACCUCCAAUUUUAGAGUGUCCAAGAGCUAAAAAGUAAUAAAAGUAAUUAUUCAGUUUUUAGUAAUAUUAAAAAAUAUGAAAAUAAAUAAUUUUAUAUUUUUAUGUUUAAUAUUACUUAAAAAAUUAAUUCAAAAAAUAGAACUUAUUUUCUAUAUAUAAAAAAAAUAAAAUUUCAUUUAAAAACAUAAAAAAUAUAAAAUUUUUUUUAGAUAUGUAUUUGUUACAAUCAUAAUAAUGUGAUAGUAGAUAGCAAUAGUUAAUUAUGCAUAAGUAUAUACACUAUUAAUAAAAGUGUAUAUGUAUAUGAAUCUAAUUUAUAAAUUUGCUAUUUCAUUUAAUUUUAGCAAAUUAUAAUUUUACAUAUAUUAUUCCUUGAAACUAUGAUUUAUUUGUAUUUAAUUAAAAUAAAUAUAUUUAACA